AUGGACACUGACUCAAACUCAGCUGACGUGUACCCCGUCUACAUUGGAGUCUGGAUAAACUGGUCUCGUGGGCAAGUCCUAGGAGCUACCCUCACGCUACCACGGCGUGAAGCCGACCUCUUUAUUGCAUUCACAGCAUUCUUCAUCGCUUUUGUAGCAACACGUGUCUGGAGACUUAUGUGCUUUGCUAUUCACCGAUCCUGUUCUCAAGAGAGCGCACAAAAUGCCUUAUACCACCAACAUCAGGCCAUCUUACGCAAUUCUUCAAACCCUGAGGACGGCCUUCGGUUGAUCACAUAUGUCCUUCGGGCUAAUAAAAAGUCGUCGGGACGCGUUUUCCCAAUCUUUACGGCCGUGAUAGCAACAAUCUGUGUUCUCUCGUUCACGGUCGCUGGCGGCUUUUCUUCUUAUAUUUCUACGGCCGUGGGUACCGAGGUUCUCGUCAAAAGCAUCAGCUGUGGAAUAUAUCCUGCCAUUCAUCUUUUCGAUGCUGAAAACCCUUCUAUCGGCGCUUAUCAUGCAGAUCACAUUAGUAACGCAGCAAAUUAUGCCCAGCAAUGCUAUUCAAACGACAGCGGAGGUGUGUUAGAUUGCGGGCGUUUUGUCACGAAACAGAUUGCUGGCAAAAUAGAUAAGAAGGCGGCAUGCCCCUUUCGCGAUGAUAUAUGUCGGAAUGCUUCGUCGAAUAUACGUAUAGAUUCUGACUACCUAAGCAGUCAUGAUCAUUUUGGACUCAAUACACCGCCUAACAACAGGUUAUUAUGGAGAUACGUCUAUCACUGCGCGCCUUUAGUUACAGAAGGGUACACUAGCCACAUUAACACCUCCAUCGGACAAGCAACUGUGUAUCAUUACGGGAAUAUUACCGGUGUUGACGGAGAUCUAGACUAUAUCCAAGUAGUCAAAUCUCUAGAGGCACAAAAUCUAGCUAACGAAUUUAUAGUGGGUUAUUCGAACUUUGAUUUACAGUACGUUGAAUCUACACUGAGAGCUUGUGGGGCGGCUACUCAAGAUGGGAAGAUCAUUCCAAGUUCUGACUUCCUACCAAUCGAUGCCAUUUUUCGAGGAGAUGCAGAUGUUGAUAUCUAUUUUCUGUCAGGAAACGGAGUCACAUUCUCUAAGAAGUCUAAUGAUCCGUGGUACCGGGUUGCAUCUACAUCAACAAACUUCAGUUUGCUUGGUGUGGAUAACUUCCCAUCCCUCCCUGCAUAUUACUCCUCGGAACCAGCGUCCCCGCUAGGCUGCACGAGUCAACAUCAAUUCUGCCACUCCGUAUCUGGGAAUCGAACAUGUGGCCCUCUAGCUGGUGUAUUUGAUGCUGCAGCUGGUAUGGCGGAUUUGUUGGAUACGACCUUCACCGACUUACAAGUCGGCAAUGUGACAACAAAAGCAACAGCCCUCGCGACCUAUUUUAUACAUGCUACGGCAGAUUCACCUCUGUUAUACUUGGUUGGACAGCUUGGGCCGACGAGCUUAGCCUCCCAGAGAUAUCUAUCUAACGGGUUUCAAUAUUUCAUGGAAACUGAUCAAUGGCAAAGUGAUGUGGCACACUGGUGGAAUAUAGCGAUGGCAGAACGCCAACAAGCAGUUCUGGCUCAAGCUUACUAUACUUCCACCGACCCUGCCACGCUACCUCAAUUUAUAAACUUUACCGCGACAGAGCUGAAGAAGGUGUGCAAUAGUCAGAAAAUUCGAAGCACUGAAUAUGGUUCAUUUAAUCUUUUUGGUCUUAUCUUCGUCUUUUCAGUAGGAGGAUCUUUAAUCGCCACGUCUUAUUUACUAGAGCCUGUAGCUGCAUUUCUAUAUGAAAAAUGGGGAUACAAAAAGUAUGAGCAGCUUGAAUGGACCAGUAAUGCGACUCUACAGCUUCAACGUUUAGCACACGAAGAAGCCGGCUUCGCUACAUGGUCCAACUGUACUGGGACAGCCCCCAAAACGGAGACAGGCGAGUUGCUGGGAUCGUUGAACCUUACAGACCCUGACCACCCUGUUCUCAAACCAGCACCUCCUGAGACAAAGACCUCCCACAACGCCGAUGUAGCUAGCGAGAGACCAGUUAAUAUGGGGAGACCGGAUAUGCCACAAACAGACAAUGCAACAAGCCCAACUGUCACGUCAAGCAGCCUACCACUACCGUUCGCCCAGCCAACUCCCGUCGCAUAG